CAUAAUAUUCUUGAAAUGAACUCACACCAAAGAGCCAUGCGCCGUAUCUCCCCCCACAACCCGGUGCGCCGGCGACUCUUUCCAGAGGCACAUUUAGAAGAAGAAGCGCGUAUGGACAACUGCGCCAACGUGCUGCAAGAAUCUAUAGCCAGGGAUCAAGCCGCCAUGACAAAGAAAUAUAAUUUCGACUUCGCAACCGAGUCUGCGUUACCAGGCGAAUGGGAUUGGUCUUCGCGCGAUGGCGAAAACUGGAUCGGGUUCAAACCAAACACGAUGGAAACUACGCAAAAAGAUAAAGACUGCGUUGAAAUGAGACUAGAAAAUGAGACCACCCCUAAAGAAAAACCUGACAAGGAACUGCCUGCUGUUAGGAAGAGAAAGAGCGAUGCGGCGGCGAGCGACAGCGGCGCGAGAAGGAAGAUCAGUUUCGACUAAAAUGGAAAUUCGAGUUUAGGGUUGUCACACGCUUAUGAAGUGCCACUUAAAGUUUGAUAGAUAUAAAAUUUCUCUUAGUUACUGGUUCAAUCUACUUGCAUUUCUGAGUGAUGGAGUCAUCUUUUACUUUUUAAA